AUGACGCUGGGCUUGGAGCAGGCGGAGGAGCAGCGCCUGUACCAGCAGACGCUCCUGCAGGAUGGCCUCAAGGACAUGCUGGACCACGGCAAGUUCCUGGACUGCGUGGUGCGCGUGGGCGAGCGCGAGUUCCCGUGCCACCGCCUGGUGCUGGCGGCCUGCAGCCCGUACUUCCGCGCGCGCUUCCUCGCCGAGCCGGGCGGCGCCGGGGAGUUGCGCCUGGAGGAGGUGUCGGCCGACGUGGUGGCGCGGGUGCUGCACUACCUGUACACGUCGGAGAUCGCGCUGGACGAGGCCAGCGUGCAGGACCUGUUCGCCGCGGCGCACCGCUUCCAGAUCCCGUCCAUCUUCACCAUCUGCGUGUCGUUCCUGCAGAAGCGCCUGUGCCUGGCCAACUGUCUGGCGGUCUUCCGCCUGGGCCUCCUGCUGGACUGCGCGCGCCUGGCUGUGGCCGCGCGCGACUUCAUCUGCGCGCGCUUCCCGCUCGUGGCGCGCGACGACGACUUCCUGGGGCUCUCGGCGGACGAGCUGAUCGCCAUCAUCUCCAGCGACGGCCUCGACGUGGAGAAGGAGGAGACGGUGUUCGAGGCGGUGAUGCGCUGGGCCUCCAGCGGCGACGCGGAGGCGCAGGCCGAGCGCCAGCGCGCGCUGCCCACCGUCUUCGAGAGCCUGCGCUGCCGCCUGCUGCCCCGCGCCUUCCUGGAGAGCCGCGUGGAGCGCCACCCGCUCGUGCGCGCCCAGCCCGAGCUGCUGCGCAAGGUGCAGAUGGUGAAGGACGCGCACGAGGGCCGCCUCACUACGCUGCGCAAGAAGAAGAAGGAGAAGGGCGAGGAGGCCGCCAAGCAGGGCCCCGCGGACGCUGAGGCCGAGGCCGAGGAGGAACGGGUGCUGCCCGGGAUUCUCAACGACACCCUGCGCUUCGGCAUGUUCCUGCAGGACCUCAUCUUCAUGAUCAGUGACGAGGGGGCCGUGGCCUACGACCCGGCCGCCAACGAGUGCUACUGUGCCUCCCUGUCCACCCAGAUCCCCAAGAACCACGUCAGCUUGGUGACCAAGGAGAACCAGAUCUUCGUGGCCGGUGGCCUGUUCUACAACGAGGACAACAAGGAGGACCCCAUGAGCGCUUACUUCCUUCAGUUCGACCACCUGGACUCCGAGUGGCUUGGGAUGCCACCACUGCCGUCACCUCGCUGCCUCUUUGGCCUGGGGGAGGCUCUCAACGCCAUCUACGUGGUGGGAGGCCGCGAGCUCAAGGACAGCGAGGACAGCCUGGACUCGGUCCUGUGCUACGACAGGCUAUCAUUCAAAUGGGGCGAGUCAGACCCCCUGCCCUACGCAGUCUAUGGCCACGCAGUGCUUUCCUACAUGGACCUGGUGUACGUCAUCGGCGGCAAAGGCAAGGACAGGAAAUGUCUGAGCAAGAUGUGUGUCUACGACCCCAAGAAGUUUGAGUGGAAGGAGCUGGCCCCCAUGCAGACAGCCCGCUCCCUCUUCGGGGCCACCGUCCACGAUGGCCGCAUCUUCGUGGCUGCGGGGGUGACAGACACAGGGCUCACCAGCUCCGCAGAGGUGUACAGCAUCGCAGACAACAAGUGGUCCUCCUUUGAGGCCUUCCCCCAGGAGCGCAGCUCCCUCAGCCUGCUCAGCCUGACUGGCACUCUCUAUGCCCUGGGUGGCUUUGCCACUCUGGAGACGGAGUCUGGAGAACUGGUCCCCACGGAGCUCAGUGACAUCUGGAGAUUUAACGAGGAUGAGAAGAAGUGGGAGGGCGUCCUCCGGGAGAUCGCCUACGCGGCCGGUGCCACCUUCCUGCCUGUGCGCCUCAAUGUGCUCCGCCUGACCAAGAUGUGACCCUGAGGUGCCUUCCCGUCCUGCGGCCUCACAGAAAAGCCUCUCGGUAUUGAGAGAAGAGCUGGGUAGAGGCCGGUGCCCUUCUCAUUCCCAGUGUGAGCCAGAGAGGGUCCAGCCAGGGGUGGGACAUUGCUACCUGGCUGUUGUCCCUAUGGGUCUGCCGGCAUCCAAGGCUGUGUCCUGGCCCUGUCCGGGCA